AUGGCGGAUUCCAACCCAGUGCAAGAGGCUGAGGCCUCUAUGGCCAAUCUGUUGCUCGAUGAAGUCACCGGCGAGAAGGUGUCCAAAUCCGAAUUGAAGCGUCGCCAAAAGCAGCGUGAGAAGGACGCCAAGAAGAAGGAAAAGGUGGCUGCGGCUCCUCCUAAGGCCGAAAAGAAGGUUUCUGCAGAGGAGGAGGAAGCCAACUUGACUCCCAACCAAUACUUCGAGAUUCGUAGCAAGCGCAUCAACAAGCUUCGCGAGACUAAGAACCCCGACCCUUACCCCCACAAGUUCAAGGUCACUCACGACCUGCGUGAAUUCGUCAAGGACUAUGCCACUCUGGAGAAGGGCGAGCAGAAGCCCGAUAUCCCCAUUCGCAUUGCUGGUCGUAUCUACACUAAGCGCGCUAGUGGAAGCAAGUUGUGCUUCUACGAUGUGCGCGCCGAAGGUGUCAAGAUCCAGGUCAUGUGCCAAGCCCAGUUCGCUACUGGAGACGUGUCAUUCGAGAAGCAGCACGAACAGCUGCGCAGAGGUGAUAUUAUCGGUAUUGUUGGUUUCCCUGGCCGUACUGCUCCCAAGAACCGCCCCGAUGGUGAAUUGUCUAUCUUUGCCCAUGAGAUUAUCUUGCUCUCUCCUUGCUUGCAUGCCAUCCCAUCCGAGCACUACGGGCUGUCCAGCGUGGAGCAACGGUUCCGCCAACGUUACCUGGAUCUCAUCAUGAACGAGCGUUCUCGCAGCACUUUCCGUACCCGGGCCAAGAUUGUUUCCUACAUCCGUAACUAUCUUGACAGUCGUGACUUCACCGAGGUGGAAACCCCAAUGAUGAACGCCAUUGCUGGUGGUGCUACCGCUAAACCUUUCGUCACCCAUCACAACGAAUAUGACCAGGACCUGUUCAUGCGUAUCGCCCCCGAAUUGUACCUGAAGAUGCUGAUUGUUGGUGGCCUUGAGCGUGUCUACGAGCUUGGCCGACUUUUCCGCAACGAAGGUGCCGAUCUCACCCACAACCCAGAGUUCACCACCUGCGAGUUCUAUCAAGCCUAUGCCGACAUGUAUGACUUAAUGAACACCACUGAAGAAAUGAUCUCCGGCUUGGUUAAGCAUCUCACCGGUGGUUACGAGACUACAUUCCACGCCCAAGACGGCACAGAGUACAAUGUUAACUGGAAGGGUCCCUGGAGGCGGGUAGAGAUGAUCCCCGCCCUCGAGGAGGCCUGUGGUGAGAAGUUCCCACCCGGUGACCAACUCCACACUGAGGAAACCAACGAAUUCCUCAAGGGAGUUCUUAAGAAGAUGAACGUGCAGUGCACGCCACCAUUGACCAAUGCUCGUAUGAUAGAUACUCUGGUUGGUGAAUUCAUCGAGGAGACUUGCGUCAACCCCACUUUCAUCUACGGUCAUCCUCAGAUGAUGUCCCCAUUGGCCAAGUAUGACCGCAUCAAGCCUGGUAUUUGCGAGCGUUUCGAGGCGUUUGCCCUUAAGAAGGAGCUUGCCAACGCAUACACUGAGUUGAACGAUCCCUUCGAUCAGCGUAUGCGUUUCGAGGAGCAAGCCCGCCAGAAGGACCAGGGUGAUGACGAGGCUCAGAUGAUUGACGAGACCUUCUGCACUUCUCUCGAGUACGGAUUGCCUCCAACUGGUGGCUGGGGCUUGGGAAUUGACCGUCUGGUCAUGUUCCUUACCGACAACUAUAGUAUCAGAGAGGUCCUCACCUUCCCCUUCAUGAAGGAUGAUAAGACCCAGGUGGGAGGCAAGUCUGCGGCGGAGGUUGCCGGAAUUGAGCCCAAGCCUGAGGAGGGAAUCCCCCACAAAUAA